AUGGCCACAAGCACUGAAUCCCAACCGCAGCGCAAGAAACGACCCCACAAAACCUCCAAUUUGUUACAAGCUGGAAUCCAGGAAUUUUUAAACACACAAAUCCAGGAGUCGCUGCUAUCAGCGUGCAAUCUAUCCCUCGACACCCUACCUCAAGCACUCCCCAAGAGAUUCACAAUCUACGAACCACUUCUAUUACUUCCAGCCAAUGCGUUCAAUGCACCACCCGCCUGGAGCGCUCUUUACACAUCUCUCACAAACGAGCAACGGCAGAGCCUCUAUGCCUCGAUCGCAAAGUCAUUCGCGCGCAUGGGCGUGACACAUAUCGCCAUCAAUGCUCCUAUCGCAUUGACCGACCUUCGAGGCCAAGAGAACCGCAUGCGCAGUCCGGCGGGCUUGACUCCGCUGCACGGCGACUUUGGAGAUAUAUCGCCAGUGACUGGCGAGGAGAAAUCCCAGCCUAGCGAUGCGGAUCUUGAGCGUGCCUUUUGGGUACGUACGGCGCAGAACCACGGCAUUGUGCAGGUUUGGGCUCCACUAUAUACGAUGUUCUCUCGGGGGAAUAUCACGGAGAAAGCACGCAUUCUCGGCGAGGGUCCCUCGGCGGAUACAUUUGAAGGGCUGGAUGCGCAGUCAUUGCACCAGCCUGUUUCGGAAAUCAGCGUCGUGGAUCUGUAUGCCGGGAUCGGCUACUUUGUCUUUUCAUAUUUGAGACGAGGGGUGAAGCGUGUGUGGGGGUGGGAACUGAAUGGCUGGUCUGUAGAGGGUCUGCGUCGGGGAUGUCUGGCGAACAAAUGGGGGUGCAAAGUUGUCAAGGUUACCGACAACGGGAAACUUGAUGGAAGAGAAAAUAUUGAGGACCUCGUGAAAAGUCUGAGCGAUACUGAUCGCGUGGUGAUUUUCCAUGGCGACAACAGGUUUGCUGCCGACAUGUUGGAUACGGUCAGUCAUGUCAUGGACGGGCUGGGCACGUGGAAUGCCGUCCGCCAUGUCAACCUGGGUCUUUUGCCUUCGUCACAACCGGCUUGGGAGAAUGCCUGCCGGAUGCUUGAUGUACGAAGAGGCGGCUGGAUCCAUGUUCAUGAGAACGUCGAUGUCCAUCACAUCGAGCAAAAGAAGAAAGAGAUCGAGGAUGAGCUGGCACGAGUCCGGUCUCGGGAACAGACUUCCCUUGACCAGCCAAUUGCCAAUUGUCAGCAUGUGGAACACGUCAAGACGUAUGCACCGGGCGUGAUGCACUGCGUGUUUGACGUUCGAUUGUCGGGCACCGACUCGGCAUUUAUGAUAAAUCACAACAGUUGA